UUGGUGCAGGACUUUCCCCUCAAGCGCCAAGUCCUCUACCAGGUCCGCAUGGCGCUGAGCCCCGCUGACGGCAUGUUGGCCACCUCCACCAUCAAGGUGUCGGCCAAGUCCCUGCCGCAGGCAACGGGGAAGCAGUUUGUCUCGGUGACGGCACAGGUGGCCAAGGUGACCUUGGAGAAGGUGCUGCUGGUGUCACUCCAGAGCGGCCACAUCUUCGUGCAGACCGACAAGCCCAUCUACACCCCCGGCUCCACUGUGCUCUGUCGCCUCUUCGCUCUGGGCCACCUCAUGGAGCCAGCACCCAAGACGGUGAUCGUGGAGGUCAAGACGCCUGAUGAUGUCAUCAUCAAGCAAGUACCCGUGUCCUCACCAACGAAGACCGGCAUCUUCUCCCUCAACCACAACCUGCCCGAGGUUGUCAGCCUGGGGACAUGGACCAUAAUGGCCAAAUUCGAAGACUCACCAGAACAGGUCUUCAGCACCCAAUUCGAAGUCAAGGAGUAUGUGCUGCCAAGCUUUGAGGUGAUCUUGGAGCCAGAGGAGAAGUUCCUCUACAUCGACCGGAAGGAGGAUUUCCGGGUGUCCAUCACGGCCAGAUACCUGUACGGGAAGCGCCUACAGGGAUCAGCCUUCGUCCUCUUCGGCGUCAUGGUGGACGACGAGAAGAAGAGCAUCCCCCAGUCCCUGCGGCGCGUCCAGCUCUACGUCUCCGUCACCGUUCUCACCGAGUCAGGCAGCGACAUGGGGGGGGCACAGCGAAUCGUGACGUCCCCGUACACCAUCCACUUCACCCACACCCCCAAGUACUUCAAGCCGGGGAUGCCCUUCGAUCUGACGGUCUACGUCACUAACCCCGAUGAGUCCCCGGCUUCGCGUGUCACCGUCAAGGCUGAUGGCUUCCAAGGUCUCGUCUCCACCCAGCGUGAUGGCACGGCCAAGCUGGUCCUCAACAUGCCGGCCAACAAGGACACCGUCCCCAUCACUGUGCGGACGGAGCAGGCGGGGCUACCUCCCGACCGCCAAGCCUCGCGGCAGAUGACCGCCGAAGCUUACCGCAGCCAAAGCGGUUCCGGCAACCUCCUCCACCUGGCCGUGGGGGCCACCGAGGUCCAGCCUGGUGACAACCUCGCCGUCAACUUCCACCUCAAGAGCAACAGCAACGCCGUCCGCGACUCCGUCCCGUACUUCACCUACUUGAUCAUGAGCAAAGGACGCAUCGUCCAAGUGGGGCGACAGCGGCACGAGGCCGGUCAGAGCCUGGUCACGAUGUCACUGCCGGUGACGGUCGAUCUCAUCCCCUCCUUCCGCAUCGUGGCCUACUACUACGUGAUGCCCGGGGAGAUUGUUGCCGACUCCGUCUGGGUUGACGUCAAGGACACUUGCAUGGGCACCCUGGUGGUGAAGGGCGCGACGGAGGCUGACAACCGGGUGCAGGAGCCGGGGACGCCCAUGCGGCUGCGCAUCGAGGGCGACCACAACGCCCACGUGGGGCUGGUGGCUGUGGACAAGGGCGUCUUCGUCCUCAACAAGAAGAACAAGCUCACCCAGCCCAAGGUGUGGGACACGGUGGAGAAGAGCGACAUCGGCUGUACCCCGGGCAGCGGGAGGGACAACGUGGGGGUCUUCGCUGACGCUGGUCUCAGCCUGACCACCAACGUGCAGAUCACCACGCCACAACGGGCGGAGGUCCAAUGUCCCCGGCCGGCGACACGCAAGCGCCGCUCGCUGCAGCUCAUCGAGUACAAAGGCAACAAGGCGGCCGAGUACACGAACAAGGCGCUGCGCAAGUGCUGUGAGGACGGCAUGAAGGACAACCCCAUGGGCCACAGCUGCCAGCAGAGGACCAACUACAUCCAAGAUGGCGCUGCCUGCGUCCGGGCGUUCCUCGACUGCUGCAACUACAUCAAGGGCAUCCGCGACCAGAAGCAGCGCGAGUUCCACCUCGAGCUGGCUCGAAGUGAGGCAGACGAUGGUUUCCUGGAUGCUGAGGACAUCACCUCCCGGAGUCUCUUCCCAGAGAGCUGGCUGUGGCAGGUGGAGCAGCUGAAGGAGCCGCCCAAUGAGCUGGGCAUCUCCACGAAGACUCUGCCCGUGUACCUGAAGGACUCCAUCACCACGUGGGAGGUCCUGGCCGUCAGCCUCUCGCAGACCAAGGGGCUGUGCGUGGCUGACCCCUACGAGAUCACGGUGAUGAAGGAGUUCUUCAUCGACCUGCGCCUGCCCUACUCCGUGGUGAGGAACGAGCAAGUGGAGAUCCGCGCCGUCCUCUACAACUACAGGACACACGAUAUCACGGUACGCGUGGAGCUGAUGCACAACCCGGCCGUCUGCAGUGCCUCCACCUCCAAGACGCGCUACCAGCAGAUCCUCAAGCUGAAGGGCCAGUCGUCGUGGGCCGUGCCCUUCGUCAUCGUGCCCCUGCAGCUGGGGCUGCACGACAUCGAGGUGAAGGCGGCCGUCCGCGGCAGCUUCGUGGCUGACGGCGUCAAGAAGAAGCUGAAAGUCGGGCCUGAAGGGAUGAGGUUGGAGAAGACGGUGACGAUAGUUGAGCUGGACCCGCAGAAGAAGGGCACAGAUGGUGUACAGGAAGCGCGGGUGAAGGCAGCAAACCUCUCCGACAUCGUCCCCAACACUGAGUCGGAGACCAAAGUCAGCAUCCAAGGCAACCCCGUGGCUGUCAUGGUGGAGAAAGCCAUCGACGGGGACAAGCUGAAGCACCUCAUCGUGACGCCAUCGGGCUGCGGGGAGCAGAACAUGAUUGGGAUGACGCCCACUGUCAUCGCCACCCACUACCUGGACAGCACGUUGCAGUGGGAGACCUUCGGUGUUGACCGCCGCACUGAGGCCAUCAACUUGAUUAGAAAGGGUUACACCCAACAACUUGCUUUCCGGAAACCUGACAGCUCCUAUGCCGCCUUCAAGGACCGCCCAGCAAGCACCUGGUUAACAGCCUACGUGGUCAAAGUCUUCGCCAUGGCCAUCAAGCUGGUAGACAUUGAGCCCGAGGUGAUUUGCGGUGCUGUGAAAUGGCUCAUCCUGGAGAAGCAGAAGCCAGAUGGGAUUUUCCAAGAAGAUGCUCCUGUCAUCCAUAAGGAGAUGGUGGGAGGCUACCACGGUGCCGAGCCCGAGGUGUCACUGACGGCCUUCGUCCUCAUCGCGCUGCAAGAGGCCCGGGAGGUCUGCAAGGACCGUGUCAACAGCUUGGAUGGGAGCAUCACCAAAGCCGCUGAAUAUCUUGCCCGGAGGUACCAGUCGUUGGCCCGACCCUACACGGUGGCCCUGUCCUCCUACGCCUUGGCCAUGGCCGGGAAACUCAAAACCGAGAAAGUUCUCAUGAAGUUUUCCAAAGAGGGCAAAAGCUGGGAGGAACGCAACGCCCAUACCUACAACAUCGAGGGGACGUCCUACGCGCUGCUGGCCUUGCUGCAGAUGGAGAAGGCGGAGCAGACGGGGCCGGUGGCCCGCUGGCUGGCCCAGCAGAACUACUUUGGUGGUGGCUACGGAUCCACUCAGGCCACCAUCCUGGUGUUCCAAGCGUUGGCCCAGUACCAGGUGGCGACCCCACGGCAGCUCGAGCUCAACCUGGACGUGUCGGUGCUGCUGCCGCGCCGCGCCAGGGCCGUCACCUACCGCAUCGAGAACCGCAACGCCCUGGUGGCACCCGCCGAGACCAAGCUGAACGAGGACUUCACGGUGAAAGCCGAGGGCACGGGCAAGGGCACGAUGACGGUGGUGACCGUCUACAACGCCAAGGUCCCUGACAAGGACAACAAGUGUGACAGCUUCGACCUGCGGGUGCAGGUGGAGUCCCCCGCCACAGGCAAGGAACUGGAUGGUGUCAUCCGCUCCGUCAAGAUCACCAUCUGCACCAGGUACCUGGACAACGUGGAUGCCACCAUGUCCAUCCUUGAUGUCUCCAUGCUCACGGGCUUCUCGCCUGACCUCCAGGACCUGAAGCGGCUCACGGAGGGAGUGGACAGGUACAUCUCCAAGUUUGAGAUCGACCAAGCGCCGUCGGACCGCAGCAACCUCGUCAUCUACCUCGACAAGGUCUCACACGAGGCCGAGGAGUGUUUCGCCUUCAAGGCCCACCAGCGAUUCCAGGUGGGCUUGAUCCAGCCUGCGGCUGUCACCGUCUACAGCUACUACAAGAUCGAUGACCGCUGCACCCGUUUCUACCACCCGGACAAGGAUGGUGGACAACUGAGCAAGAUCUGCUACGGGGACGUGUGCCGCUGCGCUGAAGAAAGCUGCUUCGUGAAGCACGAGCGAGAUGACCCGAUCACCGUCAACCAACGCAUCGAGCGCGCCUGCGAGCCAGGAGUUGACUAUGUGUACAAGGUGAAGAUGGUGGCGGUGGAGCAGUCGCCGUCCCACGACAACUACAUCAUGACCAUCCUCUCCGUCAUCAAGAUGGGCACCGACGAGAACCCGGCAGGAAGCAACCGGACCUUCGUGAGCCACCGGCAGUGCCGAGACGCUCUGAAGCUCCAGAUUGGCCAAGACUACCUGCUCUGGGGGUUGGCCUCCGACCUGUGGGUCACCGGCACGGGACAUGGCUUCUCCUACCUCAUCGGCAAGGACACGUGGCUGGAGGCAUGGCCCUCGGAGGAGGCGUGUCAGGAACCCGACUUCCAACCCCUCUGCCAGGACUUCGUCGAGUUCGCCGAAGCCAUGACCAUGUUUGGGUGCCCGUCCUGA